AAAGAGAGGGAAGCAAAACCCAACCCCAAAACCCUAACUUCCACACUUCACAUUUCACAGAGCAGAGUGUCUCUUUGUUUCUCUGCUCUCAUUUCUUCUUCCUUUUAAACCCCAAAUGGAAACAAAAAGACCCCAAACCUUUUUUAAUCCAUGGAAUAACAUUUAAGAUCAAUUAAUUUGUUCUUCAAUCCCCUUCCUUCAAAACCCUUUUUUUUUUUGCUAAUUUGUUCUUCCCGUGCUUGAUAUGGCGAGGUUUCUUCGAAAUAUUUCUCAUUUGAAACAUUCUUUCCAUGCUCCUCAGAUAUGUAGAGGAGGGGUAUUAGGGUCAUAUUCACAGCUAUGUAACUUUUCUUCUAAAGGUAGGAGGAAAUCCAAGUCAGAUGGAAGUGAUUCCGGUGAGGAGAAUAUGUCGAAGAAAGAUUUAGCUCUAAAGCAAGCCCUGGAUCAGAUUACUAGUUCUUUUGGAAAAGGAUCUAUUAUGUGGCUUGGUCGUUCUGAGUCUCCUCGAAAUGUUCCGGUAGUUUCCACCGGUUCUUUUGCUUUGGACGUAGCACUUGGUAUCGGUGGCCUUCCGAAGGGCCGUGUCGUGGAGAUAUAUGGACCAGAGGCUUCUGGGAAAACAACACUCGCACUACAUGUAAUUGCUGAAGCACAGAAACAAGGAGGUUAUUGUGUUUUUGUUGAUGCUGAGCAUGCUCUUGAUCCAGCUCUAGCUGAGACAAUUGGAGUAAACACUGAGAAUUUACUUCUUUCGCAACCAGAUUGUGGAGAACAAGCUCUUAGUCUUGUAGACACCCUUAUACGGAGUGGAUCUGUUGAUGUUGUUGUUGUUGACAGUGUAGCUGCUCUAGUGCCUAAAGGCGAGCUUGAUGGUGAGAUGGGUGAUGCUCAUAUGGCAAUGCAAGCUAGACUGAUGAGCCAGGCUCUUCGUAAAUUGAGUCAUUCCCUAUCAUUGUCACAAACUAUAUUGAUUUUUAUAAAUCAGGUGAGGUCAAAACUUUCAACUUUUGGAUUUGGCGGGCCAACCGAAGUUACUUGCGGUGGUAAUGCCUUAAAGUUCUACGCUUCAGUUCGUCUAAAUAUUCGGAGAACCGGGCUUGUCAAGAAAGGAGAAGAGACUAUUGGAAGUCAAGUUCUCGUGAAGGUUGUGAAGAACAAGCACGCUCCGCCGUUUAAGAAUGCUGAAUUCGAGCUUGAGUUUGGAAAGGGAAUCUGCCGGGAAGGGGAGAUCAUAAAUUUGGCUACGAAACACAAAUUUGUUACAAAGGCUGGCUCAUUCUACACUUUCAAUGACCAGAAAAUCCAUGGCAAGGAAGCCUUCAAAAACUUUUUGGUUCAAAACGAAAGUGCACGGGAAGAACUCGCUACGAAACUUAGAGAAAAGCUACUUGAAGUCGAGAACGAAAAGGAACGACAGGGUGAUAUCUCUGAUGGGGAUGCAUCAGAAGAAAUAAUUUCAACUGAUACUACUGAUGAAGAAGCUGUUACUGCCAUUGAAGCUUAAGUAUGCAUGUGACUCGGAACGAAACCCCCUUUGUUCCCCUUACAGGUUCAUUCCUUUGCUGAUUGAAUUUUUCAGUGGACGAUGACUGAAGGAUUUGAAGGUUCUUCGAUUCACAGCAAACAUUCAACCUUUUGCCAUACAAAUAGACAGCAUUGUAAGGUAAAGUGUAUUAAGUUGUAUUUGUUUUGUACAUGUAUGGUUUGAAUGUUUUUGUGGUUCAAUAGGCUGAAGAAUUACUUGAUCUUCAUUGAAAUCUUCAACUUCUCUACUGUCAUAUGUCCAGCCCCAUUCAACAUGUUAUUGAGGCCAAAUACAUGUUAUAUAUAGUAGUAUUUAUUUA